AUGCUCCAAGCAGGAGCAGGCGUUCCAGAGGAUUCGCCUUCAUCCGACAGCCACACCCGCCUGGUCACGGUAUUCUUCGGCGCGAAUGAUGCCUCGCUGCUAGAAGAGAACCCAAAGCAGCAUGUCCCACUGGACGAGUACCGAAAGAAUCUGCAGGAGAUCAUUGAGAUUCUCAGGCAGCGCGUGCCAUCUGCACAGAUUCUUGUGGUUUGCGAAACCAAAAUUUUGGCUUUGCAGAAGGAGCGCUUCAAAGACAAAGCCACCGGUCGGCCAGAGCGGACGAAUGAGAUGGCUGGGAAGUAUGCUGCUGCUGCCGAGGAGACUGCGAAGGAGUUGGGUUUUCCAUCCUUGAACCUCUGGCGACUGAUGCAG